AUGGUUUAUUACAUUCGUUUCCUAAAGACGCCCCGUCUGCAGAAGCAGAAGGCCAGCUCUGUCUCCGCCUCCGCACUGGUCUGCAUCACAACGGAUUUGGGCGAUGAAUUCCUCUCACAAGAUGUGGAUUUACUUGUGACACUUCAUCCUGCCCGCCAGGAGACGAAGAUCUUAUGCCAGGAACGACUGCAGUGGCAUGGGGGCAGGCGGGAAAUCCCCAUUGCGCUAGGUCCGGUUCCUGCCAACAUCUCUCAACAGUCCAUGAUCAUGAAAGUGACCGCAACAAAAUCGACGUCUUCAGACUUGCUUGACCAACACAGUAUCCCACUGGUAAUAUCCUGCUGGAGUGCCACGUUCGGAGGACGGCAGUCGCUAGUGGCCGACAAGCUGGUCGAAAGGCGCUUUCGCGUGAACCAGUCCGUGGAACUAAGCAUAUGGGAGGAAACCGGAAAUAGCAUUGCACGGCAUAUUUGGGAUGCAGCAGUUGCCUCGGUCAUAUAUCUACAGCAGAUGCUCGCAGGACAUCCAGGAGUAUCUAACCCUGUUUUGCAGAAUGCCCUGCAAACUAAUCGCAGUGGUCCACUUAAUGUGAUUGAGCUUGGCUCGGGAUGCGGAAUUUUUGGCAUUGCUCUAGCAGAACUACUGCCCCAGUGCUCCGUCCUACUCACAGACCUACCUGAAGUCGAGGAGAUUAUCACGAAGAACAUCGCAGUUGCCCAGCCAGCGCACGCGUCCAAGAUCCAAUAUCGGCCGCUCGAAUGGGGAGAAGAACUGCCAGACGACCUCUUCGGUGCUCAUACAAUUGAUUUGAUUCUCGUCUCGGACUGUACCUAUAAUGCCGAUAGCCUGCCAGCCCUCGUGUCAGUGUUAGGUCGACUGAUCGAGCUGUCCCCACACGCCAUCGUUCUUGUGGCUUUAAAGCGGCGGCAUGAAAGCGAGAGUGUAUUCUUCGACCUGAUGGAAUCCGCUGGAUUACAUGAUCUUCACUCGCACCACAUGCAACUCCCAUCGCAGCACGAGCAGUGGGACGAAAUCGAACUACACUGCUAUGGUAGACGUUCCCAGCAAUGA